UUCGUCUCGCCAGCAUUCUUCACUCGACGCGAGGGCGAAGCGCACGCCCGUAUCUCUAACGACCGCGACUCGAAGCGCCGCGCGCUGCGGCCAGUUCAAGCGCCAUGUUUGACGUGUUCGGCUCCGUCAAGGGGCUGCUCAAACUCGACAGUGUCUGCAUCGACAACAAUGUGUUCCGACUCCACUACAAGGCCACCGUGAUCAUCCUCAUCGCGUUCUCGCUGCUCGUCACCUCGAGGCAGUAUAUCGGGGACCCGAUCGACUGCAUCGUCGACGAAAUUCCGUUGCCGGUUAUGGACACUUACUGCUGGAUCUACUCGACUUUCACAAUCCCGAAGCGGCUGGUCGGCCGCGUCGGAAAAGAUGUGGUACAAGCCGGUGUCGCGUCGCACGUCGACGGCCAGGACGAAGUUAAGUACCACAAAUACUACCAGUGGGUGUGUUUCGUGUUGUUCUUCCAAGCGAUCCUGUUUUACGUGCCGCGUUACCUGUGGAAGUCGUGGGAAGGUGGCCGCAUUAAGAUGCUAGUGCUCGACCUCAACUGCCCGGUGGUCGGCGAGGACAGCAAGGCCGACCGCAAGAAAUUGCUCGUGGAUUACUUUCACACUAAUCUUCACACUCAAAACUUUUACGCGUUCCGAUUCUUCAUUUGUGAAGUGCUGAACUUUAUCAACGUGGUCGGCCAAAUUUUCUUCAUGGACUUUUUCCUCGACGGCGAGUUUUCCACCUACGGAGCGGACGUUGUCCGUUUCACUGAGAUGGAGCCGGAGGAACGCGAGGACCCGAUGGCUAGGGUGUUCCCUAAAGUGACUAAAUGUACAUUCCACAAAUACGGUCCUUCGGGAACCGUGCAGAACUUCGACGGACUGUGUGUGCUGCCGCUGAACAUCGUGAAUGAGAAGAUCUAUGUGUUCCUGUGGUUCUGGUUCGUGAUCCUAUCGAUCCUGAGUGGAAUUUCUCUGAUCUACCGCAUGGCUGUGGUGGCGGGCCCGCGCGUACGGCAAUACCUGUUGCGCGCGCGCAGCCGCCUCGCGCCCCAGGAGCAGGUGGAGAGCGUCGCCCGCAUGCUGCAAAUCGGUGACUGGUUCGUGCUAUAUCAACUAGGAAAGAACAUCGACCCCCUUAUCUACAAAGAAUUGAUGGGCGACUUAGCUCAAAGGUUCGAAAGAAAAGGCAGUGUGUAGUCAAGUUAUUAGUGAAAAACGGUUUAUGAGAGGCGUUUAUGCUUCUUUGUUCAGAGCCGAUACAGACUUUUGCCGUCCUAGUGAGGUGUUACAAGCGUGCCGGGGCCGGGACCGGCGCCGGAGCGGACGGCGGGGCACGGCACGACAUUCCAUUUGCCCGUCGCGGGGAAACGACCUCCGACGGGUCCCAUUGUAUUCCAGACCAGCUUCGUCGUUCAUCGCUUAACGUUAUGAUAGUUAUAUGAUAAAAUUCUUCCAAACGCAACACUUUGACUGACUGUAGCCGCUUUUGGCGCCGAUGCAUUUAGCGUAUCGUUUUGGGCAUGUUUAUAAUAUGUAGUCGUAGUUGUAGUAAGAUCUCGUGCCUUCAUUUCGUAUUUUGUAUUAUUUGUGUGCGAGUGAGUUAUGUUGAAGGGCGUCUCUCGAUUGUGAUAUGUAAUUAUUAUAAAAUAAUCUAAAUUAAGUGUUUCUCGUGUACAAGAGGGAUCGAGUGGACGGCUGUAUUCCUAAGUUUAGAUAGGUUAUCUAUGUUUGUUAUCGAAUGUUAUACUCGAUACGAUAUUGUAUAAAGCAAUAACUAUUAAUUGUAAGUGACGAUUUUCGAAUUCGAUAGACAAUAUUGUAUUUGUACUGAAGGGUGACGAAAAUUAAACUUUUUUUAUACGGUGAAAUUAAGUCGAUAUUUUCUGAAUAUAUUUACUGCCACAUUUAA